AUGAAUAACGACACCAUCACGUGGGAAAUCCUGGGCAAGGGAAAAUGCUCAUUUAAGAAAAAGACGCAGACACAGAUGUUCUGCAUGAAUGAAUAUAACGUCACGGGCCUAUGCACCAAGGUGAACUGUCCUCUAAGUAACAGUGUCUACGGAACAGUCAUUCUAGAUAAGGGAGAAAUUUAUUUAUAUUUGAAGUACCCGGAGAGGGCCCACCUUCCGAGCUCCCUUUGGACGAGACUCCAGCUUAGUCAAAACAAAAAGGAAGCAUUCAAUGCGAUUUAUAAAGAAAUGAAAUACACCCACAAUAUUAAGCAGAUAAAAAAAUGCAUGAAGAGAUAUGUACGGAUGAAGGAAAUUCUAAAGCGGACCAACAUUUUAAAUAAUGUCGAAAAGGAAUUGCUCAACCGGCUGAAUAGUGGGGUGUAUGGAAAUUUGUAUAAAUUCUUGACCCCGAAAAAGAAGGUUAAAAAUAAGGACUCCGAGUUGGCGAAGUUGUUUGACGAGGUGGAGGACGCGCAGAGAGUGAAGAGGAGGAAGAAGAAGCAGCAGGUGGACGAGCAGCAGGUGGACGAGCAGCAGGUGGACGAGCAGCAGAUGGAGGAGGAGGAGGAAGAAGAAGAAGAGGAAGAUGACCAUGAUGAGGAAGAUGACGAUGAUGGGGAUGACGAUGAGGAGGAAGAUGAUGGGGAUGACGAUGAUGAGGAUGACGAUGAGGAGGAAGAUGAUGGGGAUGACGAUGAUGGGGAUGACGAUGAGGAGGAAGAUGAUGAGGAGGAAGAUGAUGGGGAUGAUGAUGAGGAUGAUGAUGGUGACGAUGAGGAGGAAGAUGAUGGUGACGAUGAGGAGGAAGAUGAUGGUGACGAUGAGGAUGAUGAUGACGAUGAGGAUGAUGAUGACGAUGAGGAAGAAGAUGACGAUGAGGAGAAGGAAUAUUUGGAGGACGAACCACAAGGGAGGACUGCGAAAACGAAGCAGAAAUGUGCCAAGGAGUACGUGGACACCGAGCACAUCAGGACUCUGCAGGAGGAAGGGAAGCUGUUUGAUGAAGACGAAGUGGAGGAGUUCGACGGAACCUUCACGAAGAAGAGGAGUACCAAGAAAGGCGGAAAGAAAGGCAAGAAGAAGAUUCGAAUAGCCUACGAAAAUGAUUAG